ACAAUUUUUCAUGCGGAGAUUGAUCUGUAAAGUAGGGUUUUUACCUGAUUGACUGACUCCGAAAGUGUUUCUGUUGAUUGCUGAAGACAUUUGGUGCUAAUCCUAAACCUUAAUACUCCUUCGUUUCAUAAAAUUUAAGUUACUUUAUUUUUGCUUGCUUUCGUUCAUAUUGCUUUUUAAGCUGAAAUAAAUUGAGUAACAGAAGCAUGAGAACCCCUGCCAAGUUUUUCAUUUGUUAGGUGGAAUUGAUUGAACGAAUUUUCCUCGUUUUUUGUUCCGUUCCAUAUCCAAAUUGGGUAUGAAAUCGUUUUUAGAACUGAUUAGUGUAUGUGAAAUUGUGAAUUAGGAAUAAUUUAGGCAAGAAAGUUAAAUGGAGAAUAGUGUGUGGAGGCGAUUAAAUACACUCUCUCGUCAUCUGCGGAUAGAAAAUGAAACUAAUCAAUCUCUUCAGUUGAAUUGUUCGAGUGCAGUGGAUGGAAUCUCAGACCCUGUAAUUAUAGGUGCAAUGAUAAUGGAUAUUCAUGCUACACCUUCUAUACCAGCACAACCUCGAACAACAACUCCUGGGAUGGUUCACUAUAUAUCAGGAGGAGUAGCUAGGAAUAUUGCUGAAUGUAUGACCAAACUUGGAAAUAAACCUUUUAUGAUUAGCAUGAUUGGAGAUGAUAUGGCAGGAAAUUUGCUUUUUGGAUAUUGGAAAUCAGCUGGGUUAGCCAUAGAAGGAAUUCAAAGACGUCAAGAUGUUGGGACUCCUGUAGUGUGCAAUGUCUUUGAUGCCAAUGGAGAGUUGGCCGCUGCAGUUGCAAGUGUUGAAGCAAUUGAGAAAUUUCUAACAGAAGAAUGGAUUCAGCGAUUUAAAGGCAAUAUUUUAUCUGCUCCAAUAGUGAUGAUUGAUGCAAACUUGAACCCUUUUUCACUCGAAUCUUCUUGCCAAAUAGCGGCAGAAUCUGGGGUUCCUGUAUGGUUCGAGCCUGUCUCUGUUACAAAGUCCAAAAGAGUUGUUUCAGUUGCUAAGCAUAUAACCUUUGCCUCUCCAAAUGAAGAUGAACUCAUUGCAAUGGCAAAUGCUUUGUCAUGUAACGAUCGUUUUUCUCCAAUUCAGAUGGAAGCUAAUGUUGGGAGUAAGUCAGUGGAGUACUUAUUUCAAAUGCUUAAACCAGCAAUGCGGGUUUUGAUUGAUAAGGGUAUCAAGUUGGUGAUAGUGACUCUCGGACCAAAUGGGGUACUCUUAGGCUCUGUGGCUGGGCAAAACUUGACGAAUUACCACCCGAAGAACAUAAACCAAAGUUGCUACAAGAAACAACUAUAUGAAAUUGUUACUUCAAGAUGUCCUUCAAGAGAGCUUAUAAGUGAGUUUGAGAGGAGAAGAUCUGAUCUGAUUUUGGUGCACUUUCCAUCUCUUCCAGCAUCGGUCGUGAGGCUAACGGGAGCUGGUGAUUGUUUUGUUGGUGGGACCCUUGCAUCUUUGUGUGCUGGUUUAGAUGUGAUGCAGAGUAUUGCAGUAGGUAUGGCCGCUGCAAAAGCAGCAGUGGAGGUCGAAACUAAUAUACCUUCAGAAUAUGUUCUGGCGACAAUUGCUGAUGAUGCCCAACGGAUACACUCCUCCGCGAAAGUUCUAAGCGAUCAAGAAUCCAUGUGAAGAUGAAGUUUACUGUAUCUCGUUCUCUCUCGAAUGUGACAGUGAAAGCAUGGCGACAGAAUCAUGUUUUGGACGUUGGAUAGGAUCAAGGGUUCUAGAUAUAUUCUGCGAGAAAUGGCGACGUGGUCAGAGGCAUAUUUGACACUUAUUAAGAAGAAAAAACGAAAAACCUUUUCAAGGAAACAACCCCUACAUAAUGGUUUUCUAGUUUGUUCUUGCAGUUGAGUUACGUUUCAGCUGAAGUUGAGGUUGUACAAAUGCCUUCCUCAUGUUAUCAUUUUUAAAAUAAAUUGUCGGUAGCGUGAUCAGUCUUUAAUUCUUUCUUCAGCCUGAUUCAUUUCAUAUUCUGUAGAAAAAGAUAUUCGACAA